AUGUCUUUUUUUGACAUCGAAGCACAAACCUCAAAGAACAAGUCUCAACCAGAACCAGAAUCCUCAACAAAUCAGAAGACCAGAGAAUUAAGCGAUUUGAUAGAAAGGUUCGCCGAACAAUCACGAAUACUGGAGAAGGAAUGCACCAAAAUAGGUUCCAAGAGGGACUCCAAGGAGUUGAGGUACAUGAUCGAGACAGAAUUAAUACCGAACUGCACUAGCCUCAGGGAUAAGAUCGAAGGCAAUAUCGUAAUUCAUCCAAAUGGAAAACUCUCAGGUGACUUCAGGAACCUUAAGGCAAAAAACCAGUCCUUACAGCAAUCGUAUAAUCAAAGAAAAAAUUUGUACUCUUUGAAACCCGCUGUUCAACCGGCAACCUCCAGGGGAAGGAACGACGCUCACCCGCGAACCGAGGCCAUACGACAAGAUCCUGAGUCCAGCUAUAUCUCCAUCAAAGUGAACGAACAGACUCCGUUGCUGCACGAAGAAGAACAGCACCAACUACAGCUGCAAGAAGAACAAGAACAAACACAAGAGCAACAAAAGCAACAACAGGGAUUGUCCCAGGAAGAACUGGAUUUCCAAACCAUCAUCCACCAAGAAAGAUCCCAGCAAAUAGGGCGCAUCCAUACGGCAGUGCAGGAGGUGAACGCCAUUUUUCACCAGCUGGGCUCGCUGGUGAAAGAACAAGGCGAACAAGUGACCGAUAUAGACGAAAAUAUCUCGCACUUGCACGAUAACAUGCAAAACGCAAACAAGCAACUGACCAGAGCAGACCAACACCAAAGCCAACGGAAUAAGUGUGGCAGGGUGACAUUAAUCAUCGUUAUCGUGAUGUGCAUGGUGGUGUUGCUUGCCGUAUUAAGCUAG